CUGUAACACAAGAUCUUGAGGUCGGUGCGUCGAGCACGCUUCCCUCAUGUGCUCGGCAUUGUAUUGAAGAAUGGAAGAAGUUGAGUUAUCUCUCACUGAACUGUCAGCCGGUUUUCAAAAUGUCCUUCCUCUUGCUUGCUGCAGUGUUCUUUGCGUAUUUGGUGUCGCUUGCCGUCUACAGGCUUCAUUUCAGCCCGAUUGCCAAAUUUCCCGGCCCCAAGCUCGCAGCUCUAAGUCGGUGGUACGAGUUCUAUUACGAAGUCAUCCUACGUGGUCAAUUCACCUUCCACAUCGCCGAGCUGCAUAAGAAAUAUGGGCCUAUUGUGAGAAUCAACCCGGAGGAGCUCCAUGUCUCGGAUUCCGAAUUCUGGGAUACCCUUUACGGGCCUGGCAGAGUCGACAAAUACGAUUACUUCACCAAUCGACUGAACAUUCCUCGCUCCAUCUUUUCGACAGCGGAUUACAAUCUUCACAAACUUCGCAAGGCGCCGCUGCUUCCGCUCUUCUCCAAGAAGCGAAUCUCGGAUUUUCAGCCAGUAAUCCGGGAGAAGCUCGACAUCCUAUGCAGCAAGAUCGACAAGUAUGUCGCUGGUGGCCAUCCGUUCGCCAUCAAUCGAGCUCUUACUGCUUUCUCUGGAGACGUCAUCACCACCUAUGUCUUCGGUCAAUCCUACCAGCACCUGGAAUCCCCCGAUUUUAAGGAGACAUUCCAGGAGCCGUUCAUGGCAGCCUCGGAAGUAGGCCAUGUGGCUUUGCAAUUCAAAUGGCUAUAUCCCUUGAUGCAGUUUCUUCCAGAAUGGCUUGUUCUCAAGAUGCAGCCACAGAUAUUGCUCGUCCUACAGCUUGCGAAGGACUUCGACGUCAAACUCAAAGCCAUAUUAUCGGGCACAGCGAAAGAGAACCCAGAACAUCCCACGAUCCUGUACGAACUUCUCCGCAGCGACUUGCCUCCCCAGGAGAAGCAGAUCGACCGUCUGAACGAAGAAGCCCAACUCCUCAUCGCCGCUGGCUUGACCACCUCUUCGUGGGCCAUGUCCGUGAUCACAUUCCACAUCAUCCAGUCGCGCUCCUACUACGACCAGCUUCGAGCAGACCUGAUCGGUGCACUCCCUCACAAGUCUGACGCCAGCACGUUCAACUGGUCGGAUGUGGAGAGAUUGCCCUAUCUGAACGCCUGCGCUCGUGAAGGUCUGCGUCUAUCCUACGGCGUUACAGCGCGCAGCCCCCGUCUCUGGGACAAGCCGCUCCAGUAUCAAGGCUGGACAAUUCCCCCGCGGACGCCGGUGAGCUUGACGAUCGUCGACCACAACCACCAAGAAGAGAUCUUCCCGGAUAGCCACGCUUUCAAGCCGGAGCGCUGGCUUACCCAGGACGCGCAGGGACUGUGGCAAUUGGAUCAGCAUAUGGAUCGGUGGUUUUUUCCGUUCGGCAAGGGGAGCAGGUCGUGUCUGGGCGUCAAUCUUGCAAUGGCAGAGAUUCAUCUGGGCUUAGCGACGCUGUUCCGAAAGUAUGAUUUCGAAUUGUUCGAGACAGAUGUAUCCGACGUGAAGCUUGCACACGACUUCUUCCUGCCCAGUGCACGUCUGGAUUCAAAGGGAGUUCGGGUUACCGUGAAAGAAGCUGAGAAAUAGAACAGGGGCGCAGUUGUGUCCAUCCAGACAGGAAGACUCAAGGAAGCGUGUUGCCUGUGGGCCGAUUCAUCGCUGUGCUCAUUGACAUGGGGUGACGCAGGACAUUCUGUUCAUAAUUGCUUUGGACGGCUCGGUGGACGAUGACAGGACAGAUCUUAUAUCGAUCAGUACUUACGAUUCUUUCUUG